UCAACAAUGGGCCUGUUAUAUGCCAAAUGUAAAGUACAUUUGGCAUACAGGCCCAAAAAUUGAUCCACAACCGGAAGGCCAUAUGGUAAAAGCCAAUUUUUUUUUUAGAUUUAGCUACAGUACCAUCUCAAAUGUAAGAUGGUACUGUAGCUGAAUGGUAUAAAAAAAAAAUAAUUUUUUAAUGCUUUUUACCCGGCAAUUUCUCUCUCCUGGCUCAUUUUUUCUCUUUCUUUUCUCUCUCUUCCUUCUCUCUUUCUCAUCCCCUCUCUCUCUCGCCUACCAUAUCGAUGAUUCCUUUGAACAACCUCAUAGCUCACUGCGACGUCAUCUGUAUCCGCUGGCUCUUGCAUAACGGACCUGACACCCAUGAAGAGCUCUUGGACCAUCACUUGGCGAAGGAACAAAAACCUACCCUUGACGACGAUGAGGCCAAGCUGCUAAAUCGUCGCCGACUCACAAGCACUCGGCGCGAGGCACUGAGUCUCUACAGGGACAUCCUCAGGGCUUCCCGGUUCUUCACGUGGACCGAUUCGCGGGGCUUCCUGUGGCGAGACAUAUUGAGAAUGAACGCCCGGAAGGAGUUCGAAGCUACUUGGUUCGAGACCGACCCAGAAAUCGUGACCCGGUUGCUUCUUGGUGGUCAAGAUGCUGUGGAAUCGGCUCUCGAAAAGCUUGCAAAGAAACAAAGGCAAGAAAUUGAGAAGGAACGUCGUGAUGGUGGAGAUUGACGGUGAUUGUUGACCUUCUGUACAUUUUGAUCACGAUUUCGAUCUCUUUAUUUUUGUAUUUGUAAUUGUAAUUGAAAUUGUAAUUUGUGGGUUGCCGUGGUUGCCGGAGUUGGGGUUUGCUAUUGCUAUUGGUUUGAUUUGAUUUUGUUUUCUCUAUGGGUUUCUGGGUUUCGAUGGCCAUGAGUUUGUGGCUGG